AUGGCUCUCCAGGCCCUCCUCCUGUGGCCCGUCUUGGGGCUGGCGGCCGUCUGGACGCUGCUGUCGUGCGUCGGCCUCUUCCGCAACUACAUGGCGGCCCGUCAGAUGGGGGUCCCCAUCCGCGUGCUGCCCAUCGACCACACAAACCCCAUCUGGAUGCUCAUAGACAGAAAGCUGCUGUCGCUGCUCAGGCGGCUGCCCCUGCCCGAGAGCAGCUUCACGCGCUACAACUGGCGCGGCUGGGAGCUGGCCGAUCGCUAUCGCUCGCACCACGAGAUGGGAGACGUCUUUGUCCACGUCACCCCGGGCCGGAACUGGCUCUAUCUCGCCGACCCCGAUGCCUUGAUGCACGUCUUCCGCCGCCGGACCGACUUUCCGCGCUGCCUCGAGCUCACCGAGAUCCUCAACGUCUUUGGCCCAAACAUGUCUACCGUUGACGGCCCGAAAUGGAAGUCGCAGCGCAAAAUGGUGGCGACGUGCUUCAACGAGCAAAACAACGACAUUGUUUGGUCCGAGAGCGUGCGCCUCGCAAGCGACAUGCUCAAGUCGUGGGGCUCGAAGCCCUUGCUCACGUCCACGGCCCAAGACGCCCGCACCCUGUCCCUUCUCGUCCUAUCCAGGGCCGGCUUCGGCAAGUCGUUCAAGUUUGAGGCCCACGACGAGAGACGGGCCGAUGGGCCGACGACGAGCUACAAGGACUCGCUGCAGGAGAUACUCGAGAACUGCAUCCUCAUCACGGCCCUGGGCCCCAAGUUCCUCGCCAAGCCGUGGCUCCCCCGCAAGUUCCGCAGACUUCACGAGGCCUGCGAGUCGUUCCAGGGGCACAUGACGGCCAUGUACGAGGAGGAGAAGCGCGCCUUUGCCCAGAACCGGCGGUCCGAGGACCGGAACCUCAUGACGUCCCUGGUUCGGGCCUCGCAGGACGAGGCUCAGACGGCAGAGGGCCUCACCGAGAGCGAGAUUUACGGCAACAUAUUCGUUUUCAACUUUGCCGGCCACGACACAACCACCCAUACCUUUACCUUUGCCCUCUACUUCCUCGCCGCGGUCCCGUCGUUUCAGGACUGGCUUUCCGACGAGCUGCGUCGAGUCCUCGGCGACCGCCCGCCGCACGAGUGGGACUACUCGGCUGACUUCCCGCGCCUCAAGCGCUGCCUGGCCGUCAUGCUCGAGACGGUGCGCCUCUACACGCCCGUGCCCGUGGCCAAGUGGACGGGCGGCGAGUCGCAGUCUCUCGCCGUCGGGGAAAAGGUACUCGUGCUCCCGCCCAAGACCAUGGUCAUCCCGAGCUACUCAUCGGUCCAGACGGACCCCAAGACGUGGGGCUCCGACUCGCUGCUCUGGCGGCCGUCGCGGUGGAUCAAGACGGCCGACUGGAGCGACGAGGAGCUCGUGACGCCGCGCCGCGGCACCUUUCUCGGCUGGUCCGAGGGUGCCCCCGACUGCCUGGGCAAGAAGUUCUCUCACGUCGAGUUCGUGGCGACGAUUGCCACGCUGUUCCGGGACUGGCGCGUCGACCCGGUGGCCGCGGCGGGAGAAGGCCUCGACGGCGCGCGGAAGAGGGUCUUGAAGCAGAUAGAGGACGACUCUGCCAUGGUGCUGCUGCUGCAGAUGCUGCACCCCGAGCGAUCGCCCCUGGUCUGGAGUAAGAGAUAA